UUUCCCAACUUUUAUUUUUCUAAAAAAUAUUUUUCAAUUGAAACUUUGAGCAAGUUUCUUCUACCCUGUGACCUAGGUAUCGUUGAUUCACCACAACCCACCCUUUGCCCACUACGAUCAACGGCCUGGUGUGUUGACCCUGGCACCGAGUAAAUCUCUUCCAUUCUCAACUUUUGUUUUCAAUUUCUCUUCCGGUAACCCUGGAAUCGAAGAAACUUGCGGCCUCAUGCACUUCUUCCCCGAGGAAUCUCCUCCUUCUCUCCUCGUAUCUGUUUGACGGAAACCACUGGCACGUGUUCUAGGAGUAUCAAAUCACAUGCCAUACGCCGAUUUCUGCCAAUUCUGUGGUUCGUUUAUUCAACAUAUUCUUGAAAUGUAUAUUGUGAGAAUGGAUUCAAUGGAAGAUCUCUAUAGUGUUUUGAUUUUCUUCGAUGAACAAAAAUCCACAGACGCGUUCUACACUCAUUAUAAUGGCUGAAGUUUCUCAUCUCUCGAGGUUGAGGUGUCGUGUUGUUUUUACAUUAGAUGUGCAGUAUACUGGCUCGAUUGAACUUGCACAACCUUCCAAUGUCACUUCAACUGAACACCAACAUGUCCAGUUUACCUUGGUAUGUCACCAUUGCCAACAGCAAGCUGAAAAAUCUAUAUGUUUCAUUUGUCAAAUUCAAACCACUGAGAACCUUUGGAUAUGUGUUAUAUGUGGUUUUGUUGGUUGUGGAAGAUAGUGAAGAAAUACACUGAGUUGCUUGCUACUCAACUUGGAAAUCAAAAAUUGGGUGAUGUUGAUAACUACUUUCCUAUUUUUUUUGGCUUUUGGAGCUGAUUGAUAAUUAAUGUUCUGAGUAGCUGAAGCUUCACAAUGAUCAUUUAUUGAAAAAAUGAAAGAAAUGAGAAAAGUUAUGGUUAGUGCUAUUUGUUCGGUUUUGUAUAACAUUAUUAUUCUCUCUUCAUACAAGAACUCAAGUAAAUGAGAGGCAAAAGUUACACUGCAACGUCUCAAAACAAAAUAAAUGUUCUUUUAAUGUGUAUUCGAUUAUUGAAAGCAA